AAUACAACAGAACAUUUCCCCCUCCGAACCGAGCGGCCAGUUUCAGGAGAAUUUUUAGUGUUCAACGGAUGGGUGAGAGGAGCGACAAAUUCUGUGGCAAAUUUUUAGUGUCUCUUCAUCAUAUUUAUGAUUAGUUUUCUAAUCCACUCGGACUGCUGUUCUCGACACUGUUUCGGACGAUAUACUUUGCUGAUUCCGAGGGAUUAUUGUCGGUCGUUGCUGAGCUCUUCUGUUUCGUUGGUUCUAAACUAUGGGGAAGAACAAGGAAGUAAUUCGGCUGGAGCGUGAAUCUGUGAUCCCGGUGUUGAAGCCCAGGCUGAUCAUGACUUUGGCUAAUCUAAUUGAACAUAGUUCUGAUCGAGCUGAGUUCUUGAAACUCUGCAAGCGGGUGGAAUACACAAUUCGAGCUUGGUACCUUCUACAAUUUGAGGAUUUGAUGCAACUCUACUCUCUUUUCGAUCCUGUUCAUGGAGCCCAGAAGUUGGAGCAGCAACAUCUAUCCUCCGAUGAAAUUCAAGUUCUCGAACAAAAUUUUCUUUCUUACCUGUUUCAGAUUAUGGAAAAGAGUAAUUUCAAGAUAACAAGUGACGAGGAGGUCGAAAUUGCGCUAUCAGGGCAGUAUCUCCUAAAUCUUCCUAUUACAGUUGACGACUCCAAGCUCGACAAGGUUGUUUUAAAGAAGUAUUUUACUGCACAUCCUCAACCCAACCUACCCGACUUUGUUGACAAGUACGUUAUAUUUAGGCGAGGAAUUGGAAUUGACCGAACGACCGAUUUCUUUUUCAUGGAGAAAGUAGACAUGGUUAUUGCAAGAUUUUGGGCGUAUCUUUUAAGGUUAAUGAAGCUAGAAAAGAUUUUCUCCCGACAGCCAAAAAGACGACCUAUGGAAGAUUCGAAGAAGAAUGAUGAGGUUACCCCUGAUGUUGAUCAAGAUGACCUACAUGUCGAACGAAUUCGUCUGGAGAAUAUGGAACUAAGCGUUCGCAAUAUGCUGGGCAAGACUACUAUUCAAGAACCUACCUUCGAUAGGAUUAUUGUAGUUUACAGGCGAGCAAGCACAAAGUCCAACCCCGAUCGUGGAAUAUACGUCAAGCAUUUUAAAAACAUUCCGAUGGCCGAUAUGGAAAUAGUACUUCCCGAGAAGAAAAGUCCGGGAUUGACUCCAAUGGACUGGGUUACGUUCCUCGUAUCUGCUAUAGUCGGGCUGGUUGCUGUUGUGGGUUCGAUUGAAAUGCCAAAGGCGGAUUUUUGGGUCAUUUUCGCCGUUCUCUCUACGGUUGUCGGUUACUGUGCGAAGACCUAUUUCUCGUUUCAGCAAAAUUUGGCUACAUAUCAGAACUUAAUCACACAAUCGAUGUACGACAAACAGCUCGAUAGCGGAAGGGGCACGCUUCUUCAUCUGUGUGAUGAUGUGAUCCAACAGGAAGUCAAAGAGGUGAUCAUUUCAUUCUUUAUACUGAUGGAACAAGGCAAAGCUACUUUAGCAGAUCUUGAUCUACGGUGUGAGGAGUUGAUCAAAGAAGAGUUCGGUGAGCGUUGCAACUUCGAAGUGGACGAUGCAGUUCAAAAGUUAGAGAAAUUGGGAAUCGUUUCACGGGAUACCAUUGGACGUUAUUUCUGCGUUGGAUUAAAACGUGCGAAUGAGAUCAUUGGAGCGACGACAGAGGAGCUCGUCCUGAAAGCGAGGCAGGGUCUUAAUCCUUGAAGUGAAAAUGGUGCUUAGAAAAUCAUCCAUUUCAGUAGCUUAGUGAUGCUUGCUCUUGUAGUUUUGUUUGCUACUCUUUGAUGCGUUUCCAAACUUGAUUUGGGUAUGGUAAAUGAUAUCAAUAAUAUACACUUCCAAGGCUGCUUUUGUAUUA